UGAACUGUCACUGCAGAGGUUGUUGUUGUUUUGGAUUAGUCAUUCGGCUGUGAUAAAAAGUUGAUUUUUCAUUCCUUUUCAGAAAAUUCCAUUCCAUUCUUUUAAAAAAUGCACGGUCGUUUGAAGGUGCGCACCAGCGCCGAGGAGGCCGCCCGCAAGCAAAAGGAGCGCAAUGCCAAGGCGGCCGCCUUCCGGGCCGGCAUGGAGCGCAUCCUGGCCAAGAAGGAGAGGGCCGAGCUGGACGAGGAACUGAUGCUGUUGACGGGGAAGAUCCUGUCGGCAAACCCGGAUGUUGCGAUGCUGUGGAACCUGCGCCGGCAGUGUCUGCAGACGUUCGCCAAGGCGGAUGAGGAAACUGGAGGUCAGUCGCUGUUUGACAAAGACCUGAGCUUCACGGAGAUGUGUCUGCAGGUCAAUCCCAAGUCGUACUGCGCCUGGCACCAUCGGUGCUGGGUUUUGGAGAACUGUCCCACGCCCAACUGGGACAAGGAAGUCGAGCUGUGCACCAAAUAUUUGAAAAUGGAUGAGAGAAAUUGUAUGUUUUUUAGCUGUUUCAAUUUUAAAUUUCUAAAUCAAGUAAUUCAACUUGCAGUCCAUUGCUGGGACUACCGACGGUACGUGGUCGCAAAGGCCAACGUUGCCCCGGCCAAGGAACUCGAAUUCUGCACCGAGAAGAUCCAGAACAACUUUUCCAACUAUUCCUCUUGGCACUAUCGGAGCAAACUGUUGCCAAUCCUGCACCCAAACAAAGAGGAUCCAUCGCGUCCCAUCAGCGAGGAAAAGCUGAAGGAAGAACUCGAACUGGUUCUAACCGCUGCCUUCACCGAUCCCGGAGACAGCAGUGCUUGGUUCUAUCAACGCUGGCUGCUGGGCUACUCCCAGCCGGAACUGGACCUGGCCGCCUUCAGAAUGGACACGGCCAAAGGACUGGCCGUGGUGACCUUCACCAGACCGGUGAACCUCAAGCACAAAGACGCCAAACUAGAAAUCGAAGGACUCGAUUCAAGCGCCAACUGGCAAUCGGCUUGUUUCGACGACAGCUAUUCCGUCACUUGGAUCCUCCGCGACGCCACACCAAAUCUCCCCAACCAACUAACAUUCCCGCUAACCUUCACGGAUGAAUUCAACCAAACGCACACACUAGAGCUCAACAAAACAUCCCCCACCGAACUGUUCGCCAUUCGAAAGCCCAAGUUCGGCACCGAGUUUGGCGUCGCCGUAGUCGACGUCCUCAAAGCCCAGCUCGAAUCGUGCCAACAGCUGCUAGAGUUCGAACCGGACAGCAAGUGGACCCUGCUCACAGCAGCGCUCCUGUCCAAAGCCAUCGACCACGCGGCGAAUCACGACCAAAUCGUGCAGUACUUGGAAAAGCUGAAAAACGUCGACCCGAUGCGUACCGGCUACUAUCAGGAUCUGAUUGGAAGGUGGGGAACGGAAGUGCGUCUGGGGCAGUGGAUUGACGGGAAGGGGUGUCCCGCGGAGCGGUUGGACCUGUCCGGGAUAGGGCUGGUGCACGUGGCUUACGAGCAAUAUCUGGCGGUGGCGAGUGAGAUCGACUUGGGUGGGAAUAAAUUGGCGGAGAAGAGUUUGGCAAAGUUUGGUCACUUUGUGUUUUGUAAGAAUUUGAUAUUGAAGGGCAACCAGAUUGCCGGUGAGACUGAACCAAAAAUUAGGCAGAUUUGUUCCGGCUUGCAGCAGUUGGAAUUGGUUUAACGAAAAGUGCUUGAAAUUUUAUCCAAUUUCGUAUUCAAAUAUUGUACAAGCAGGAUUUGUACCUAGUUUUGCACGCACUUCUGAAAUAAAAUGAUCUUAAAUGCAAUA